UACAUUUUGAAAAAAAAAAAAAUAAAAUAAACACUGAAGCGAAUAAUAAUAAUAAUAUUGUCGCCGUAGUCUGUCGUGUCGCUCGUGUCGUGCGCUCGCUCGUCCGUUUUUAUAUUUUUGUAUAUGUACUAUAUAUAUAAACACACACAUUUUUUUUGUUUUGUUAUAUUUAGUUAAUAUCGCUGGCUUGUUGUUUUUAUUUAUAGUUUAUAGUUAGGUGCACAUUGUGAUUUGUUGUAAAACUAAUAAAAAUCAAAAUCAAAUUCAAAUAUUUCUCGAAAAUGGCUGCUCGCGAUCGUCUGCCUAUAUUUCCAUCACGCGGUGCUCAAACUUUGAUGAAAUCGCGUCUAGCGGGCGCCACCAAGGGCCAUGGCCUACUUAAAAAAAAAGCAGAUGCGCUGCAAAUGCGCUUUCGCCUUAUUUUAGGCAAGAUCAUAGAGACCAAAAUGCUGAUGGGUCAAGUGAUGAAGGAGGCGGCCUUCUCCAUGGCCGAGGUCAAGUUCACCACGGGCGACAUCAAUCAAAUUGUCUUGCAAAAUGUGACCAAGGCACAGCUGAAAAUCCGCACCAAGAAGGAUAAUGUUGCGGGCGUUACGCUGCCAUUGUUUGAAACCUUUCAGGACGGCGUCGAUACCUAUGAGCUGGCCGGCUUGGCUCGCGGUGGUCAACAGCUGGCCAAACUCAAGAAGAACUAUCAAAGUGCAGUGCGUUUGCUGGUGGAGCUGGCCUCGUUGCAAACCUCUUUUGUUACCCUGGAUGAUGUCAUCAAGGUGACCAACAGGCGUGUGAAUGCCAUAGAGCAUGUAAUCAUACCUCGCAUAAAUCGCACCAUCGAGUAUAUUAUCAGCGAGCUGGACGAGCUGGAGCGUGAGGAGUUUUAUCGCCUGAAGAAGAUACAGGAUAAGAAGCGUGAGGCACGCAAAUGUGCGGAUCGGGCGCGUGAGGAGCUGCGUCGACAGGGCUAUGAGAUUGCAAACAGUGAGCAGGCGCAGAAUAUACUCGAAGAUGAUGGCGAUGAGGAUUUGCUAUUUUAGUCAACACACACACACACACACAUA